AUGUGUUUCGGAGCACUGUUGCAGAAAUAUUUUCGCAAAAAGAAAUGCCGAUCUGAAAAUAUAGCCCAACAUUUAAUGUCCAAUGACUCUAUAUUCAGUAUUGGAAGUUCUCUGAUUGCCACCAAAAGUAGUUCAAUGCCCAUUACAGCGCCUACUCCUCCUCCCGAUCCACAUAUAAUUAUAAUAGGUGCGGGAGCCGCGGGAUUAUCAUGUGCCACAAAACUUCUAGAAUUUGGAUUUAAAAAUCUUUUAAUACUCGAAGGUGAAAAUCGUAUUGGCGGUCGAAUAUUUACCCAACAAUUUGCUAAUAAUGUAAUCGAUUUGGGUGCCCAAUGGGUCCACGGUGAGAGGGGAAAUAUUGUCUAUGAAAUGGUACAACAGCAUGAUUGGCUCGAAACGACCGGAGAAAUUUAUAACAGCUUCGAGUGUAUACGCUCAAAUGGUGAGGUGUUGAGGAAGGACACAACGGAUUUUUUAAAGACGUUAUUGACAAGAAUUUUGGAAAAUCAUUCGGAGGAGUUGAAUAGCUUCGAAGGUUCGUUUGGUGAUUUUCUCAAUGAACGUUUUCAAGAAGUUUUAAGAGAUUUAUCGGAUACAAAAAUUGACAAGGAAGUGGCAUGGGAAUUUUUGGAGAAUUUCAAAAAAAUUGAAAGUUCCGAAACCGCCUCUGGCAUGGAGGAAGUAUCGGCUAAGGGUAUCCACGAAUAUUGGCAAUGUCCGGGUGAUUAUCUGUUGAAUUGGAAAGAUAAGGGUUAUGUGCGAUUCCUACACCAGCUAAUGGGUUCUAAUGAGGAACGACCUUUUGGUGAACUGGAAGACCGAAUUAAAUUCAAUUGUCCCGUGGAGCACAUUCGUUGGCAUUUGGGAAAUGGCAAGGUGAUAGUACGCUGCUGCAAUGGUUCACAGGAAUAUGAAGCUGACCAUGUGAUCAUCACCGUAUCCUUGGGAGUAUUAAAAGACAAACUGGAAUCAAUGUUCCACCCUCCACUGCCAAUGCAAAAGAAACUAGCCAUUGUUGGGUUGGGAUAUGGAAGUGUUGGUAAAAUUUUCCUUGAAUUUCCAGUACAAUUCUGGCCCACAGAUUGGUAUGGCUUUACAAUGCUGUGGUUGAAACGCGACCUGGAAGAUUUACAACGUACCCCCUAUGAAUGGGUAGAAGAGAUUUUUGGUUUCUAUUGUGUUAAUUAUCAACCCCGGGUCCUAUUAGCCUGGAUUGUCGGUUCGUAUGUUGUGAAAUUGGAGCAAAUGCCAGAAGAUCAAGUAAUAGACGGUUGUAUGUAUUUGCUGAGACGUUUUCUUUGGAAAUGGGAAAUUCCCCAGCCGUUGAAAGUACAAAUUAGUCGCUGGCAGUCGAAUUCGAAUUUUCUGGGAGCCUACUCUUUUCGUUCGAUGUUAAGUGAACAGCUGAAUGUUUCGGCUCUGCAAUUAGCCCAACCAUUGACAGUGCAAAUGUCAGAAAUUCCCGCUAAUAAAAGUUGUUCAUCGACGUCAGUUUUUAGUCAGGGACCUGUUGCCGAUGAUGCGGCGAAUGAAGCCGCUGCCAUUUGCUCGAAAAAUAUGAAACCCGUUUUAUUAUUUGCCGGCGAGGCCACUAGCAGGCAUCAUUUCUCCACCGUUCAUGGAGCUGUUGAGUCCGGCUAUCGGGAGGCUAAUCGUUUAAUUAACUUUUAUAGGAAAGAAUAA